AUGGUGGAAAAAGAAGUAGAUGCGGUACACACAAAAGGGUCAAUUUAUUUGGGAUUUCGAAAUGGUUACAUAUUUUCCUAUCGAGUGAUCAAUGAAAAGGAAAAAUUCUCGGAAAUAUUGUUUUCACUCGAUCUCGCGCAUCGUAUUGCUCAGAAGGAAGAACUAGGUAAGGACGAUGAAUUGUAUUUAUUUUCGACCGAUGGCAAAGAAGCAAUUGUGGUAAUUUGUGGUCCCACAACAUAUUAUCGAAUAUAUAAUAUUAAUCCAUGGAAUGGUAUUAAAGUUAUCUAUUUAAAAAAAGAUGAUAUGACUGUUGUCAAGACACUAAACAAAAAGUGCCGAAAAGUUGAUUAUAAUGCGAAGCAUGCCAAACUGAUCUUUUUCAUUGACACCUCUACAGCACAUGAACUGAAGCUUACUUUUAAUCAUGAUGGAGUUUUAAAAACUUAUCCGGAUCCAAAGCUGAAUCGAUUUGACAAUUAUCGUGGAAGCCUAAAACCAUUCGAAGGCAUCGAAAGUCAAUGGCCACUUCACCUUCGAAAUGGCCGAACAUUAUUUUAUAAUGAAAAAUAUAUAGAAUUAUUCCGCAAAAAAACAGAGAAAUAUCCGAUAUCGUUCUACGGGGUAGUUAAUUGUACCGUUUUUGUGAUAUUGAAAUUUGAGGACUUCGAGAAAGUAAAUUUGAAAGGCAGUGGAUGCGAUAAAUCGUAUAAGAUGCGUGCAAUCCUCAUCGAUUCGUAUAUAACUGUUCUACGUACUAAAGAUGGUUUGAAUGUUGAAGGAGUACGAAUCAAAGUAUCGAUUGAUUACACGGAUAUUGAAAAAGGGAUCAAGGAAUCAGGAGUUGUUGCUUACACGCAUAAUUUGAUUGAUUCGGAAUUCGAGAAAAAUAAUUCAUUCACUAUUGCACCUAAUACAUUUGAUACCAUUCAUAAUAUUGAUGAGUACACGUAUUAUCAACAUAAGCCACGUACGGAAUGCACGUAUCACUUCAGAAGACGAAAAAUUACAAGGAGUGUACAAAAAGACAUUAAAGACUUGUCAUUUCCCGCAUUAGCGUAUCCUUGCGAUUUUGAAAUGUCCUCAGCGAUGUAUGAUGAAUCGGUUCCUGGGGUAGUUUACGUGAUGAGGCGCAAAACUGAAGCUGUGCUAGUGACACCGAAUACGAUAAUUACUGAUACCUUGAAGCAUGCUCAAAAUGAAAAGUUCUUGUCUAAUUUCAUCUAUUCUACAUCCUUUCCAUAUGUUCUUUACAACGAUUCCAAAGGAGCCUCAGUUUUAAGUCUCGAAAAUCCUAGCGACAUAAAAAUAACCUUCAACACCACAUUUGAUACCAUUGGUAUAUACACCGGGAAGAUUUUGUACCGAGAAGCUGAGGCAGCGUAUAUUUUGCAUUCGGAAAUAGAAGCAAUAGAAGAACGAAGGAAUGAUACGGUAGCUGUGACCAAAGCUGUAGCUAAACAAGAUUUUGAAAAAGCUGCGUUUGGAAUAGAAAGUGAAAUUAUUGAAAGGCCAGAAUUUCAUACUCAAAAAUGUCGACUUGUUAAUGCUCCUUUUUUUAUGGCAUUUAUACUAAAAGUUUCCGUUUUGGAUAUGCUGCUUUUAUUGAUUUUAAUCAUUCUUGUUAUUUAUCAUCGAGCACAUAUUAUACCUGCGCGACGUCGCUAUAAGAUUAAAAUGGGCAUUUUAAAACAUCGUAAGAAGCGUAAGCUACGUGAUCGUGCACGUCGACGUUUGCGAAAACUUAAUUUGUUACGCCGAAGAAAAAAAUUAGUCGAGCAGGAGACAGAAGCAAAGCGACAAGCAAAGCUUAUUGCUGCGGCAGUUGGACAAUUGGGCGGUACAGCUGCAUCAACUACAGAGAAAAAGAAGUCUUCGUCAUCCAGUAGUGAUCUGAUAACAGCUGGAGCUGAACGCAUUGCUCAGGUCAACGUAACGAGCAAUUUACAGGGCGAAGAAGCGGAUGAACAUGCAAAAGCUUUAGCAACUUUAUCAUUAACACAAACAUAUUUGAUUAGUGGUGUAAUGCUAUUAAGUUGUUGCAUUUUACCGCUUCUUUAUUUCUGGUUCUGUCAUCCGUAA